AUGGCAGUCAGCAAGCCCAAUUCCCUUGUUCCUUCGUACUUGAACGAACCACUGAUCCGCGAGGCUCUCGAAUGUGGUCUUGAAUAUCCCAAACGUACCGAAGUGAAUAUCGAUCAGUUUAUAAUUAGAACGGCCACCACCGCUGGCGAUAACUAUCUAAGCGACGUGUUUAGGGUUUGGGUUCGAUUCAACCGAGGUAAGGCGGGUCAGAGUCAGCAGGAGAUUUCACUGAUAGUGAAAUGCAUGCCCGACACCGGAUUCAGAGGACCCGUAAUUGGAAUGCUAAAUGCGUACGAGAAAGAGGUUUAUAUGGUUCGGAGCGUAGCUCCGGCAUUAUCCGGGUUGGUGAAAGGAGAGAACUUUGCGGCCAGAAUGUUCUACGCCACCACGGAUCCAAUACGGUUGAUCAUUUUCCAAGAUCUGAAUGCUCUUGGCUUCACCAUGGCUGAUCGAACCAAAGGAGGGCUUGAUUACAAUCACUGCCGCAUAAUAAUGCGCAAGAUUGCCAAAUUUCAUGCAGCUUCGAUGAUACUGGCUCGCAGCAGUAGCUCCAAGGCCAAAGAGCUAGCUGAACAGUUGGAAUAUGGCUUCAUGAAUCCGCACGUUGCCCUGGAAGACAAUACAGUGCUGGACAUUUUUGCCAGUGGUUUGAAUGCACUCAUAGAUUGUGCCGAGAAGUAUUGGACAGAUUUCAACCCCAAUAUUAUAGCUAAACUGAAGACAAUGAUGCCGCACUAUAAGCACCGCGUCCAAUCUUGUCUGAAUCAAAAGUUUUCCGACGGCUACAAAGUAGUCAAUCAUGGUGACUUGUGGAUCAAUAAUAUACUGUUUCAGUAUGAUACUAACAGCAACCCAAAGGACGUCAUGUUCGUUGAUUACCAACUGAGCUCCUACACGAGCCCAGGAGUGGAUCUGAACUAUUCGCUAGUCAAUUGUCCCACUUUUGACGUCAGAGAGAACAGAAUAGAUGCAUUGAUAAGCGAAUACCACACAACUCUCAAAUCAGCGUUAGAAGCAUCCGGUUACGCAAGGGUACCUACCCUGAUGGAUGUUAAGAACGAAAUCAAAAGAAUGAGCUAUUUUGGCUUCGUAGCUGCAGUAUCUAUACUUCCGAUAGUGAUGAUGGACAACAAAACGGGUGUGGACGUUAGCUUUGACGCCAUGGUAGACGAGCACAAAGCGGAACAGUUGCGCCUUCUGCAGUACAACGGCGAUCGAUACCGAAAGUCUAUAACCAAACUACUGGAACGAUUUGACCGGGAGGGACUGCUGGACUAAUAGCUCUGUUGCAUUGUGAAUGACUUUCAGUUUUUUUUUUAUCUCAUUUGUUUCGCUGUGGACCUACCAUAACUCAAAACACACGUAAUCUUCUCCUAGCAUAGAUGACAGGUGCGGAGUGCAAAGUCAUCACUGAUAACUACCGUUUAAUUAUUAUGAAUUCAAUUGUAAUAGCACAUAGCG